AUGCCCUCAGUCACCGACCAGACCGGUCUUUCUGGUCUUGAAUUUGAUGGACCACAACCUAUUCUGGGGACUGGUUUGAAUGUCUCCCCCCAGAGACAUCACCACACAAAUGGGCACGAAACUUCCGCAAUUGCGUCAGAAGGAACUGCAUUCAGGCAUCGUGUCUCCGCACCCAAGAAACCGGCAGCCAGACUACCUACGCACCAGCCGGCUUCUUUAAGUAGUCAGACAUCCAGCAUCAUCACUGAACCCGCGCAUCGUCAUGAAAGGGAUGGCAUUUCGAAAAAUGGCGAGGAAGACCCGCAGAAUAGCCUUUUCGCACAAGUCUACGAAUGGCUUCAGCGCGAAAAAUCCAAGCGGAGGUCUCACAAGGCGACAAGUUUAGCAACGAUGGAUGGUGUUGCCAGUGAUGGUGACGAUGACGACGAUGACAGCGCUAGCGUCCUUGUGGAAAGACCUUUAUCAUCUGGUGCUGACACUACAAUGGCACUCGACAAGCUGGAAAAGAUUCUCAUUCAGUACGCCACUUCACGGCAGGGAACCGACUCUGUACACCUCACCCGACGAUCCGGUCGUCGGCGUCAGUACUCCAAGGGGUUGCGUAGGGGUUCUGCGUCUGAAUCUGACUUUUCAGACCACGAGGCGGCCGCCCCUAGCGUGGAUGCUGUGCUGGAUAAUUCAAAAACUCUCGCGUAUAGCGGUGGUGGUACAGAAGAUGACGACAACGAGAACAGUGUCAAUGCGAGACGCGCAAAGGAUAAGGAAGCCUGGACACUUUUCAAGAGUGAAAUCCUUCGGCUCGCUCACACCAUGCAGCUGAAAGGAUGGCGGAAGCUUCCCAUGGAACUUGCAACCGAUAUAGGAGUUGUUCGACUUAGUGGUGCCCUGACCAAUGCCGUAUAUGUAGUCACACCGCCACAGAAUAUUCCUAAGCUAACUCUCUGUAGGAAGCUCUUGCUCCGUAUCUAUGGGCCACAAGUGGAUCACUUGAUUGAUCGAGAUAACGAGCUCCAAAUCCUCCGCCGUCUAGGCCGAAAGAACAUUGGUCCGAAGGUGCUGGGUACAUUCAAUAACGGAAGAUUCGAAGAGUACUUCGAAGCUCGCCCACUUACGCCUAAGGAGCUCCGCGAUCCCCCGACCAUGAAGCAGAUUGCGAAGCGGAUGAGGGAGCUGCACGAUGGAAUCGAUCUUCUUGUAGACGAGAGGGAAGGAGGACCCAUGGUGUUCAAGAACUGGGAUAAGUGGGUAGACCGCUGCGAGCAAGUAAUCAAUUGGCUGGACAAGGAGAUUCGAUCCGAGCACAACAAGAGCAAAGCAGCAUCCGAGGCUUGGCGCCGGCGAGGCUUUGUCUGCGGUGUUCCCUGGCCCUCCUUCAGGAAGGCAGUUGAAGGAUAUCGUAAGUGGCUUUUGUCCAGCUGUGGAGGCAUGGACGGAAUAAAGCGACAGUUGGUGUUUGCGCACAAUGAUACUCAAUAUGGCAAUCUGCUUCGGAUGGAGCCCAGCCACGAAUCACCGCUGCUUCGGCCUGAGAACGUGCAUAAGCAGCUCGUCGUUAUUGAUUUCGAGUAUGCAUCGGCAAACACUCCAGGAAUCGAGUUUGCCAACCAUUUCACUGAAUGGUGCUACAACUAUCAUGAUCCGGAGCGGCCGUGGGCAUGCGACACCAGCCGCUAUCCGAAUCCAGAGCAGCAGCAUCAGUUCAUUGAAGCGUAUCUGAGCCAUCGACCCGGAUUGCGCGAGCAGGCAUCUCCUUCUAUCACCCCUCUGAUGCGAGGUCUCUCUACCAACACUUCAUCACUAGCUCCUUUGAGCCUGGAUGACGGCCCGGAUUGGGUAGCUUGGGGAAUCGUGCAGGCCAAGGUGCCUGGCAUGGAGGAGGGAAUCGCCGCAGAUGAAGCUGCAGCUAAAGCCCAGAACGGCCACCAUGGUACCAAUGGCAACGGGGUGCAUUCAGACGUGACAGCUGAAGUGAACCACUCCACCGGAACCCCGCCAGUGGAUGCCGAUGUGGACGAAGCCGAAGAGUUUGACUACCUGGGCUAUGCGCAGGACCGGGCGAUGUUCUUCUGGUCUGAUUUGCUGGCGCUGAAGAUCAUCCGAGAGGAUGAGCUGCCCGAAUCUCUGGUACAAGUGAUCAAAUCUCGCAUGAUCGACUAUUAA